AUGUCUAACACAAAGAAAGAGUUCAAAGCAGAAAAGGAUAAUGGCAAAUCCUCAUCUGAGUUUGAUAAAAUUGGGCCAUAUCGUACUGAUUUUGAGAUUAAAUCGACCUUUGACCUUCGUAAGAACGUGCAGGCUCGAUGGUUUGAUGCUAUGAAAAAAUUAAGGAAAGGGUCCAGCCGAUGGUCGGGGUUGGAUUUGUUCAACCCGCAUGCCCAAGGUUGGGUUGAAAUCCAAAAAAACCAAGGAAUGGUUGGCUUGUCUAGCAAGCCAGCCCAGUAG